AUGCUCCUCGCUUAUCAAGGAAAGGAAUAUUUUGGGAUGCAGAUACAAAAAGAGCACCCGACGAUCGAAGGGCAGUUGAUCAAUGCUAUGAAUAAAUUAGGAUGGAUCACCGAUGAGAUGAAAGAGCAGCCUGGUCUUUUUCACUUCCAAAGAGCAGCUCGUACCGAUAGAGCGGUUUCUGCUGUAAGGCAGAUCUGUGGUAUGGAGCUUCCAAAGAACGACGACUAUCCAGUGACAGGACCUAAUGAACUGAACGCUCUGCUACCACAGGAUAUUCGUGUCAUAGGUAUAUUCAUCCAUCUGCUUCCUCCAGGGAUUCAAAGUGGCUGGUCACAAACUUCUGUUGUUUUGUACUUUCAGCGAUGCGUCGAGCGAACAAACGCAUUUCAUCCACAGAAAAUGUGCUGCGCAAGAACGUAUAGCUACACUCUGCCUACUUUCGCGUUUGCAAAACCUACGGAGUUGACGAAUGCUGCUUUUCGCAUCAGCAAGGAAACUAUCGACGAAAUCAAUUCUGUUCUCAGUAUUUAUAAAGGCACGCAUAACUUUUUCAACUAUACCUCAAAACGGUACGUGGACCUCUUGAUGGAAUUUGAUGAUCGCAGUUGCCAUCGUUAUAUAUUGUCUUUCGAAUGUGGGGAACCUUUCUUAUUUCACGAUGAUAUUCGAAAUGAGGAUGUUGAAUUUAUUCAACUCACAGUGAAAGGGCAGAGUUUCAUUUUGCAUCAAAUCAGGAAGAUGGUGGGCAUGCUGAUUACUGUAAUACGCGAAUUGCAGUACAAAAGCUACAUUCAGAGGACGUUUGAAAGUGAACGGGUGAUACGGUUGAUUUAUGAAUCGUUUAUUAUCUUACAUGCAAAAACCCAUGAACCUCUCACUGACUGGGGAAGCGCUGUUGAAGCUCGUGUAGAAGAAGUAAAAUUUGAACUUAUAACGAAGGAGAUUCUGCUGUCGGAAAGUUACGAUCAGUCGAUUUUCGUAGCAAAAUUCGUGCACUGGGGAGCUGGAGCUGCCAUACAGCUUAUGAAUUACUUGAGAAUAGCGGCAGCUCAUGACUGGACUGUAAUCUCAGCUCACUGCGUUUUUGUGCAAGAUAUAUCGAAACGAUCAAUCACAUGUCAAGCCGUCUUUCCUACUUUUUUCUAA